AUGUGCUACAAGUCCAACUAUGAGCCUUAUACCAGUCAGAGCCUUGACAUCAAAAGGGCAGAAGACCUCUCCUCAGAAGAGCUCCUCAACCCAUUGGGUUCGCUCUAUCCUCACGUCGUCGCCCUCCAACUCCAAUCCGACGAUACCCCAUGGAUCCGAGCCAAAAACUCUCCUGGCUAUCGAGAUCCCAAUUCCUGGAUAGACGUAUACUCCACAGAGGAUUAUUCCAAACCCUCGGCGCGCAGAAACAGUGGUGAGUUAUCUAUCACAUUUGAUCUAUCGUUGCGGAAGACUAAGACUAAGGCUAACAUGACUCAGACUCCACAGCCUACCGAUUCGUCUCGCGAAUCCGCCGAUUUCUCGCCCGAGAUGAGAUGA